AUGGUCCGCUUCACCACAUCAUCGCUUGCGCCAUGGGCGUUGGCAGCGACAGCAGCCAUCGCUCAAGUCUCUGCCAAGACGAGUCUCUACCUCUCUCCCGCCAAUCACCUUGCUGCAGCGCCCAUCUCGAUCAACGCAGAGGAGGCGCAUCGUGUUCUCUCGAGCCACAUCAACGUUGGCGAUGCUUCGAGAUCGGACGACUCGGCCAUUUGGGCUCAUGUGUUGCGCGACGACAAGGUGGACCAGCGAGCUAGGGUGGAGCGUCUCUUUGACGGUCACCAGGACGAGCCGAAUCGCUUGCUCGUGCUCAUGCAUGGAUCUGCGCAUGAUGAUGUGAUCCCCAACAAUGUCCACGCCACUCACAACAUCAAGAACGCACCCCACUCCGACUCGUUCGACGCUCUCUUCGACAGCUACAUGGAGAGCGCUUCUCAAGCCCUCAAGUCGUCCGAGUCGGCACUUUCGCAUCUCACAGGCAGCUUCAUGGACGGCUUUGGCGCCAGCAUCGAGUGGCUCACUUCCAAGUCGGAUCGUCUGACAGCAACAUGGUCGCAACAGGCCGCCUCUUUCAAGUCGACAGCCUUUGACAAGCUCGAGGUGGAGCUGCGAUCGGUGGAGGCGUUGAUCGCUAAAUUGGACGCCGGCAAAGCCGAGUCGACUCACGACCUCACGUUGCAGCCUCUGCGCUUCUCUGGAUUGCAAGAGGUGGAAAACACGUAUGGUGCUAACAGCGCCGAGUACGCCAAGGCCAAGGAGCUGGUGCGCUCUGCCGUCGAGCAAGUCACCUCGCUCUUCCAAGCUCGAUCCGAAGAGCAGGGGCGCACCGCUUCGAUCGCUUUUGUCGUCACCGAGACCCAUGCUGCGGAUGCGUCGCACGUUCUCGCCAAGCGACAGGCUUCGGACCUGCUCGGUCCUUUCGGCGGCGCAGCUGGGUCUGGGGCUUUCUUCCCGCCCCUCAGCGAGGGCCUCGCCGAGUCGAUCCACGCCGACGUCCUCAAAUCGAAAAAGCCGUCCGGCCCCUCGCCUCUGCCCAAGAACCUUGCUGGCACGUGCUUCACGUCCGCAGAAUCGCUCGAGAAGGCGACGAACAGCUGCUCUGGUCACGGCAAGGCCGGCAAGACAUCGCGAGGUGGCAAGCCAUGCUACCGAUGCCAGUGCAAGCCCACCGAGGAGCGCAAGGGCAAGAAGGUCUACUGGGCCGGCGCCGCGUGCGAGAAGAAGGACGUUAGCACCGAAUUUGUUCUGCUCGGCUCGAGUGUCUUGUUGCUGGUGCUCAUCAGUGCUGGCAGCGUCUACUUUUUGUACGCGCAAGGUUCGGAGGAUCUGCCCGGCACUCUGGCUAGCGUCACGAUCAACCUCAAGUAG